AUGGGAGCCAAAUGGGGACUGGCUGAGGUGCCACGACAGCUGCGGCAGCUGCUACGCCGUUUUCCUGUGGGGCAUGCCUCCGUCUACCUUAAUGAGCUGCAGCCAAGUAGCCAGCAUCUUUUUCUCACGGCCUGCAUGGCCAACGGGCCUCGCACGGGGCGUGGAAGUGCGGAGAAGGUGUUGGGAAUUUCUAUUGACAGGCGGAACAUCAGUUCGCACCCAUCGUUUCAGGUGCGACCUGCGAAAGGGCGGAGGUCCCAAGAGCAGGAGGGAAAAGCUCCCCUAUGUACGUCCGUGCCCACGCUACACAACAUGGUGUCUACCUUGCACCUGCCGCCCGGGUCGAAGGGGAUGUUGGCGGCGUAUCGAACCCCUCAUCCCACACUGCUGACGAGGCCGCAUCUUUUUUUACUGACCGUUCCACGUUGGAUGCUUGAGGACGAUGUGGGAGGCAGCGGGGGACGGCGCACGGUGGAGGCUGUUCUUCAGUCUCGUCUAGUGCAGGUGCGGAACACGUUGUAUUGGCGGGAGGGCGAUCCACCGCAUGGGGAGGAUGAGGCGGCGACCGACACAUCCGAGGUCAUGCUGGAGGCUAUUUGGGGCUGCACCAUUUUGCAGCUGCGUCAGGCCGCACGGGUUGCCGCAUCGCAUGGAUUUCGCGUGUUUAUCUUGAGUUACGUUCGGCAGCGGAUGUUGGCGGGUGAGGGGUUGAGGGUGCGGGAGUUGGGCGGCUGGUGCCCCUCCGCGUUUCGCAGCUUUCACUUGGAUGUGCGCACCACGGCGCCACGCGAGUCCUCGACGCACACCUCCUCCAUCGCGCUUUUGGAGGAGGCGCGGCGCGGGUUCGCCGCCGACGCCGACGCCGAAGCCGCCGCGAAGCCCGGCACGCGGGGUCGUCCCUGCGACGGCGCCGCGACGAAAAACCACCGCGAGAGCGCGGCGUGGGUGGAGGGCGCCUUUCCCUUUGCGGUCGCGGAGGCGGUUGUGGAUGUGCGGCGGGAUGCGCUUGUGCCGUGGGCGCGGGUCUGUGAUAGCCCCCUCACCGCCCGCCUCUUCACCGCGCUCUACGAUCGGCGGCACUUCUGCGUGGCGGAUGCGGUGCUGUACGCCUCCCAACGUGUGGUGCUGCCGUUUCUCCUCGGCCUCCCCCCGACGGCGUCGGCGGCAGCGUCGUUGGACGCGGCUGCUGGAGGCGGCGGCGCCGCGGCCUCGUCGGUGGGGCUGAUGCGCUGGUCGGAGAUCCAUGCCGUGCUGCGGUGGCGUUUCUUUGAGCCGGCCUUCGGCUCCCUCGCGCAGCUGGUGCGCACGGAGGACGUCGCCGCGGUGGGCGGCGGCCUCGAUCCGUUUAUUUUCCCCCUCCACGACGCCUUCGUGACGCGGGUCCUGCUGCCGCGGAUGACGGAGUACCACCGCGCCACCUGCGGGGCCGCGGGGGGCCCGGCGCGGCGGAGCUCACCGGCGGCAGGGGGAAAACUCGCCCACGCGACACCGUCGGCGCCGACCACCGUGACGGUCGACAUCCUCAGCUGCUUCAACAGCCUCGUGGGCGGGCGGAGCCACACGGGCGGCGGCGGGGCCGUCAUGCAGCGGGCGAGCAAAGACGAGCACAAGCCAAUGACGAUGCUGGACGCAUCCAACUCCGAUGUCGGGCGCGGCGAUGCCCACUUCAAGCUCUCUGACCUACCAAGCCUGGUGAACUACCUGCUGUACUUUCACCAACACUUUGAGGUUCAUGGCGGCGGCGCAGCUCUGAAGUUCACCCCACACGAGGGUUGA